GUAGUUCCCACAGUAACUGGUGAACCUUGGACGGCCAUAUAGCCUAACGGGAUCCAUCGGAUUUUAGAUGGAUCCCUCUCCCUCUAUGGGAGGCCUCUUGGAUGAGCUGCUCAAGGAGGAGUACAAGCUGGGCCAGGAAGCGAAGAGAGAUCUGGAGUCUAUCGGGAUAGAGCUGAGGAGCAUCCACGCUCACCUCCGCAAGGUGGUGGAGAUGCCGAUGGGGCAACUCGACGCGACCAUCAAGCUUUGGGCGAGUGAUGCCAUGGACCUGACCUGCGACAUGGAUCACGCUGCCCACAAGUUUGCUCUUCAUUUGAGGGCUCCGGCUUCUCAUCUCGGAUGCAUCUCCAAGAUCAAACUCAAGAAGGCGACUGCACGGUUUCGCCGUGAAUUGGCAACCGACAUGAGAAGCUUCCAGCGCCGGAUCAACGAUUUGCAAGCGCGGCGGGAUAUGCAAUUUGACACUGACACGAUCGAUGAUCCCUCGAUCCUCGUCAAUGCCGACUAUGUGCCAGUAGAUGGUGAGGUUAUUGAGGACGAAGUUGAUAAAGAUGACCAUGAGGCCAACCAGCUAGUCGGCCUUAACAUGCCAGUUGCCGAGCUAGUCAACAAGAUCUUGGCGGAGGAGGAGGGGCAACUCAAGGUAACCACUAUUGUCGGGCCUGCAGGUGUGGGCAAGACAACACUUGCGAAGCAGGUGUACAGAGUGCUUCAGCCGCGAUUCGAGUGUACAGCUUGGGUUACGGCCUUAGCUACUGAGGCUGAUGACAUCCAAAGUACGUUGAGCAGUAUACUCCGCCAGGUAAGCCAACAAGACCGUCCCAACUGUGGAUCGAGCGAUGUAGAGGAGACCAUCGGCCUGAUAAGGGAAGCCCUCACGGAUAAGAGGUACUUCAUCGUAUUUGACAACAUAUGGGCUUCCAGUUCGUGGGAUAUUAUAAUGCAUGCCUUUGUCCAGAAUAGCCACACCAGUGCAGUUCUAACGACAAGACGAAAAGUUGAAGUUGAUGAAUAUGUUGGUGAUGUUUACCAGCUAUCACCUCUUUCAGAGACUGGAUCAACAACAUUGCUGCACAAUAGAUUAUUUCAUUCACAAGACAAAAUUUCUCCUGAACUGGCAGAAAUAUGUGGAAAAUGCAUUGAAGCAUGUGGUGGAAUACCAUCAGCCAUCAUCGCUAAAGCUAGUUUGUUUGCAAAGAAGCCAUGGACAGUGAUGGAUUGUCAUGCAGUGCACGGCCCAUAUGAUACCAAAGGGAUAUUAGAUGCCGCAUAUAAGGAGCUUCCUCCCUGUCUAAAACCUUGCUUGCUGUAUUUAAGCAUGUUGCGGAAGGGUUACGUAAUUAGUGGAGAGAACCUGGUAUGGAUGUGGCUAGCUGAAGGUUUCAUCCUAGAAACUCCAGGAAUAGCUCCCAAGAAAGUAGGGGAGAGCUACCUGAAUGAGCUGAUAAACAGAUAUCUGAUUGAACCGGUAGAGGUUGAUGCGGCCGGUAAAGCUCUAUCUUGCCGUGCGUACAACAUGGUGCAUGACAUGAUCGUCUCAUUGUCAGCUGAGAACAGAUUUGCUGCCAUAUUAGAUGACAACAACGACAGACCAUUUCCAGAAACAGUUAGCGGGCUGUCAAUCCAGAAAAGAAGAAAUUCACAACAAUCACUGCCACAAGCCUACCAUUCCCACGUGAGGUCACUUUUGGCCUCUGGUGACGCUGCUAGUUAUAUGUAUGAAACUCCCCUCUCGAGGUUUCAGGAGUUACGCGUCUUGGAUCUUGGGGGGUUUGAUGACUUCUUGCAGAAUAAGGAUCUCAUGGGUAUUGGCGAUUUGUAUUUUCUGAAAUGUCUCGUAUUAGGGAGUAAAUGGAUCGCCGAGAUCCCAAAAGAAAUCGGGAAUCUAUUAUUUUUGCAGACGCUGGAUUUGAGGGCGACUAGUGUGACAGAGUUACCUGCAAGUGUUUUACUGGCAAGACAAUUGAAGCGUCUCUAUGUGAACAGCCGAACAAAGAUACCAGAUGGGAUUGGAAAAUUGGAAGAUUUGGAAGAGAUAGGAGACAUGAAUGUGAGUAAGACAGAGUUGCUGGAAGAGCUACGCAGUCUAACCAAGUUGAUUCUUCUUAGGAUUGCCAUAUGGUCAUGGGAUUACAGUUACGGAGAUUCCGUGCUUGAAGCUCUAGUGCGGCUGCUAGCGGAGGGAAGGAUACAAACUCUAUCCAUUUUAACUUGCUGCUCCCUGCGUUUCUUGUACAGGCUGGAUGCUGGACUUGCCCCUCCAAGCCUUCAAAAGCUAGAGAUAAGUCACAACGCAUUGGUUGCAUUGCCGCGAUGGAUUUUCUCGCUCGAGAACCUCUCGUUUUUGUCCGUAGAGGUCCACAAGCUGUCACAGGAGAUAAUUGACAUGCUCGGGCAGUUGCAGAAUCUUCUGGUUCUCUCGCUGACAUCGAAACAUGCUCCAGAACAUAAUUCAAGGUUUGGCAACCGCGCUGAUGGAUUCAGGAAGCUAACGGGCUUCCAUUUUGCUAGUAAUGCUAUGGGAAAGGUAUUUGGACCAGCGAGGACAUUGCUAAAUCUCAAAAGGCUUAAGCUUUCGUUUCAUGUUUCACGGACCAAAGAUAUAUCCCCAGGGUUCGAUUUUGGAUUGGAGAACCUGCGUUCCGUAGAGCAUGUGAACGUUGGAAUUAUCUGUUUCCAUGCCAGUCGCCGGGUUGUGGAGGAAGCCGAGAGUGCAAUUCAGAGGGCAAUAUACACCUGUCGAGGCUGUCGGCCAAAUCUUCGAAUGCAAAGACUGCGAGAACAAGACAUGGUAGACACUAGUAAAGAGGAAGUGGGAGAUGUGGUAUACUGUAACGUACCCUCAAGUCAUGAAUAGAACAUGCGUAUAAAUUAUGAGAUUAUGAUUUCCAAAUUUGUUAAUUGACAUGUACUCAACUAUGGAAUUUCCGCAUUUGCAUAAGUGUCUUGUGCAUUGUAGCUAACUAAGUUUGAGGUGUAGGCGUGUAGCUCUCAGCAACAGUAAAUAAAACGGUUAUUUUUUCGAACCAUGCAGGAGAACUGCAUGUAUUAGAAUAAAACGGUUAUUUACAGGCCACAUGCCUACUUCGCAUGAACUGUGAUGCGGCAAUUGUUCAUUAAGGAUCGGAUAUCAGCCUUGUGGUAAUUUUGCUUGCAUAGUAUGA